AUGAGUAGUGAUUCAUCGACUGUGAAAAGUCCUCCUAAGAAGAAAAAUGUGAAAUAUGAACAGAAAUUCGUAAAUUUGUGGUUAAAAGAUGAUAGGUUCAAAGGCUGGUUAAAGAAAAGCACUAAAGGUGAGACUUAUUUCUUUUGUUCUGCGUGUAAUUGCGACAGAAAAUAUGGUAUACACGAACUGUUACGACACAAAGAUUCAACAAAACACGCGAAGAAUAGUUUGAAAUUACAAAAACAACAAAAACUGACAUCAAUGUUUACCUCAGCUUCCAACUCACAAGAUACGAAAAUUAUAGCUAAAGCGGGUGAAGUAAAAAUGGCCUGCUUUAUUGCUGAGCAUAAUCUGUCUUUCAUAGCAUCUCAUUUGAAUAAAUUGAUUUGCGCUGUAUGUCCAGAUUCGAAAAUUGCGGUACAAUUAUCAAUGAGCCGCACAAAAGCUAGAGCUAUUAUUGUUAAUGUAACUGGGCAGACAGCAGAAGAAAAUUUAAUAGAGAUGUUACAGAACAAUUGCUUUGCAUUACUUGUUGACGAAAGCACAGAUAAGUCUACGAUAAAACAUUUAGCGCCUGUCGUAAGAAUAGUAAAAUUAGAUUUCAGCGUUGAAGAUAGAUUUCUGACUUUAAUACCAAUCGUAGAUGGUAAAGCAACAGCUUUGUGUGGCUAA